UGCGUGAGAAAGUUGUCCGUGGUGAAUGUGCCACGUCUGCUAGGAAGGGGGAGUCAUGAACUUGCCAGAGGCUGUUGUCUUUAACUCUUCAACUACAGUCUUAACUCUAUGAGGUCGGGGGCCCUUUCUGUGUUUUUGUAGGAACUUCUUUCCUGUUCUGGCAACAUGAGGCUUUUCUUGCGGAACGCGGUCCUGACGCUGUUAGUCACUUCUUUGAGUGGGGCUCUGAUCCCUGAACCAGAAGUGAAGAUUGAAGUGCUUCAGAAGCCCUUCAUCUGCCAUCGCAAGACCAAAGGAGGAGAUUUGAUGUUGGUUCAUUAUGAAGGCUACUUAGAAAAGGAUGGCUCCUUAUUUCACUCCACUCACAAACAUAACAAUGGUCAGCCUAUUUGGUUUACCCUGGGCAUCCUGGAGGCUCUCAAAGGUUGGGACCAGGGCUUGAAGGGAAUGUGUGUAGGAGAGAAGAGAAAGCUCAUCAUUCCUCCGGCCUUGGGCUAUGGAAAAGAAGGAAAAGGUAAAAUUCCCCCAGAGAGUACACUGAUAUUCAACAUUGAUCUCCUGGAGAUUCGAAAUGGACCAAGAUCCCAUGAAUCAUUCCAAGAAAUGGAUCUUAAUGAUGACUGGAAACUCUCUAAAAAUGAGGUUAAAGUGUAUUUAAAGAAGGAGUUUGAAAAGCAUGGUGCAGUGGUGAAUGAAAGUCAUCAUGAUGUUUUGGUGGAGGAUAUUUUUGAUAAAGAAGAUGAAGACAAAGAUGGAUUUAUAUCUGCUAGAGAAUUUACAUAUAAACAUGAUGAGUUAUAGAGACACGUCUACCCAUUUUAUAGAGCAUCCGUCUUUAAAAGAGAGGGCAGCCAUCUUGAAAGAAAGUCUUAUUUGUUAACAAUGUUCUGUUCAUGCGUUGGUUUUUAUUUUUAUAUAUUUUUAUGAAUAUUAUGUGAAGAACCCUUUAGGGCGUCUAAGUACCCAUUUCUUUCUGGUAAGUUAUUGGGAAGAAAAAAUUGAUUUGUCUUUGAAUAGAAGACUUCUGGACCAUUUUCCACUUUCACGUAUGAAGCCUUAUAUUUUACUUGCGUACCUGCAAUUUUAAAAUAUUGCAACUGAGAGCAUGCCCAACAUAAGACCAGGUUAUAGUACAAAUCAGUACACUCUAUUUCUUCUUCCCUCUAUUUUCUCCUAGUUAGACGCUGACAUUUGAAAAGUCUUUUCCAAGGCUUAUUAUUUUCAUGUUAUAAUGAAACAGCGUGUCUGUAACUGCCUUUGAGUCUCUGCUUGAGGAAAAGUGCAAAAUGGUUGUUGAACUCUACUUUUAAGAGUUACUGCUUUACUGAGGAGAUGUGCAAAGCAAAGUGAGUAACAAAGUUAAUAAUUUAUAAAUAUGUUUACAUUGAAACAUUCUGCCUGGGAUUUAAGCUACAUAAGGCUGGGUUCCUAGUGAUGAAUGACCUAUCAUGAUUAAUAGAACAAAUUAUUUAUGUGUUUAUUUCUUCAUAAUAAAAUGUGUCAAAAUAUUGUAGAGGAGGUAAAGAGUUGUAUUGAGUCAGUGUUUACUUUUUAAGGCUAGCAGAUAUCCCUUCCUGGUUCUUUAAUUAAUAAAAUCUAAAUAAUGUAUUAUACUACAAUAACAUUGUCUUAUAAGAGAAAUUAGUAAUAUGAUAAAAAUUUUCCCAUUUUCUGCCUCAUCAGAAAAAUGAGACAGACCUACAGCAGCUACUACUGAAUACAGGUCUAUCCUGGGUCAAAAAGUUGAUGAUUUUAUAAUUUUAUCUUAUAUUGGAAUUUUUCCUUAGUACUGUAAAAAAGUGCCCAAAUCUCCAUUUGCUAAGAAGAAUCCUUUAUAAGUUUACAAAGUGAUCUCAAGUGCAUCAUUGUCUGGUUCUCAUUACUCUGAAACUUAUGAAAAAGGAGGGUAGAUCUUAAUGUACCUACUUUACAGAUGAGGAAGUUGUCAUUCAGAGAGACUGAUUGUGCCCAAGGUCAACAACUAACUUGUAGAACCAGAUUUCAGUCCCCAAGUUAAGUAUCUUUCUACUGCCCUCUACUAUUGAAAAGGUGAAGUUUUUCUUUGAAUUCAUUGGGCCUAAUUCUCUCUUUAGUUUGCUCUCCUAGCAGUCAACUCUGUUUUUUGUCUUUGGAUCCUUAUCCUUUGAAGGUAAUUAACUGGCUGUUUAUGGCGCUUCUGAAUUCCUAUGAUCCAGAAAUGGCUCUGGUUUCACUAAAUAAUCUUGGAGUGAACACUGAAUUUCCUCAAUAACCUAGGGGUAAGAGGGUCCAGGUAUGUGUUAGUCCUUUCAUUCCUGUUUACCUCUAGGUGGGUUUCUGUUUGUUUGUUUGUUUUUUAAUACUUAUGAACAAUUACUACAUCUUAUAAAGACUACUUUCACCGAUUAUAUUUUGACAUUUUCAUCACUAAAACAUAAAGUUCUUGAGAACGUAAAUAACACCUUUGUCUGACGAAAUCACCUAUAUUUAGAAAAGUCUUAAGUUGUCACUGCUGUUUUCCUCAACCUGAAGGAGUUAUAAGCCACAAUACAGAAAGCUUUGCUCUGUAUUAUUGGUGGAAAGAAAACAGCUUGUCAUAGGGUGCUACUUCAUAUAAACAUUACUGAUGAUGCUUUCUAUGGUGAAAAGUAAAAAAGAAUUUUGGUUAUUCAGGUAGCAUAUUUCUUUAUCUUGUGUGAAUUUGGAUCAGUUCCCACCUAAAUAGACACAUGUAUGAAAUGACAACAUACAAAUAGGUUAUGGUUGUUUUUAUGUUAUCUGCCUUUUUAGUUUGGCUGCAUCUUUGCACCUUUUCAUUCGUAAGAAUAAUCAGACAUGAACUGUGACCUCAUUUGUAUAUAAUUUGACUCAGUAAUACUACUAAGAUGUGGCAUAUUUAAAUUUAUACAACUCUGUUGUGGUGUUCUUUUCAAAAUAAAGUUUAU